CCACCAUCCCAGGUCACUUUUGCAUAUUCUCAUCAAACAACUUCCUCACAAGAUCCAUGUUCAUGGACAACACACCAAUCCACAUGGAACGGCCGUGACCCAUCCAUCCCUCCAUCCAUCCAUCCACCCAUCCAUCCUGGCGAUGGCGACCAUGGCGUGGUGCUUCAUCCACAAGGGGCGAAGCGCUUGCUUUGGCAUGGGAGUCCUCGGAGCACAACACCGUCUCAAAAGCAAUCGCAACCACCGCCACCCUAUUAUUACACCGCCAUACCUUGAUAUACACCUUAAUACACGGAAUUGUAAUACACCACCUCGACAAGGGGGGCUAGCUACCAGGCCUCCACCUGCCGCCGACGAUCACCACCACCAAGGCGUCGGCACUCCACAUAGACACACCUUAUUUCAACGUCAACUUCGUUACUGUCCCCUCCCUCUCCAGUGCGGCUCCACUCACCGACAUCUCAACCUCAACCUUACAAACACAUCCUCGUCACAACCAAAACCUAAGAAGUUCAAGAUGACAGUCACCACCCCCAACCCUUCCAAACCACCAUACCAGCACGAGCGUCAUAUUGCCGAGCUAGCCGUGCAACGCGCCUCCCUCCUCACGCGCCGCGUCCUCGCCGGCAUCCUCAACCCUUCUUCCACUUCUACAUCUUCCACCUCCACUUCCGGUACCUCGACACCACAGCUUCAUCAUGACGACCACCCCGCCUGCCGCGUCAGCGUCGCUUCCAUCUCCAAGCCCGACUUCUCCCCCGUGACCGCCGCCGACUUCGCCGUGCAAGCGCUCCUCACCGCCGCCAUCCGCGCGCACUUUCCGCACGACGGGUUCAUCGGCGAAGAGGACGCGGAUGCUUUGCGCGGGGAUCCGGUGCUGGCCAGACAGGUAUUUGAUUUGGUUCGUUCUUGCGCCUCCACCGAGUUAGGUGAUGAAGCCUUCUCACCAGCCCUCCCGCAAACCAUUCCCGAGAUGCUAUCCCUCAUCGACCUAGGCGGACGCGGCACCGGCUCACCCACCGCCCGCUUCUGGGCUAUGGAUCCCAUCGACGGCACGGCGGCGUUCAUGCGCGGGCAGCAGUAUGCUGUGAGCCUGUGUUUGAUUGAGGGUGGACGGGAGGUGGUUGGCGUCUUGGGCUGCCCCAACCUCGGCAUUACUCUCCCCUCUUCCUCUUCCGCUUCCCCGCAAACCAACACUUGCACAGCCACGUACAUAAUCUCCGAGGACAGCACCCCAUCCCCAUCCCCUGACACUCAAGAUCAGGAUCAACAACAAACAACAAACGGCAUCCUCCUCAGUGCCGUGCGCUCCCAAGGCGCUACUAUCCGGCCCAUCGCCGACCAGACUUCCCCAACGGACCUUCUCCCCGCAAUUCCCCUCACCAAGUCCUCCUCCUUCACUAAAAAUCCCCAAACCACCCCACCAGACAUGUCCAACCUCCACUUCAUCGACUCCCUCUCCACCCCCGCAACCUCUUCCUCCCUCGUCGCCCGCGUCGCCACCUUAGCCGGCGUACCCAAUUACUCCUUCCCCGGCACCGAGCUGUACUCGUCACACAUGCGAUACGUAGCCAUGAUCCUUGGCGGGCCAUCGCACGUGCAGGUGCGCAUCCCCAAGCCGAGAACCAAGGCCACCUAUAUCUGGGACCACGCGGGCGCACAGCUGAUUUACGUCGAGGCGACGGCGGGUAAAGGGAAGGUGACGGAUCUGUGGGGGAGGCCGAUUGAUUAUGGACGGGGAAGGAAGCUGGAUGGGAAUUGGGGAGUGAUCACGGCCCAUGAAGAGGUUUCUGGGCGCUUGUUGGAGAUUGUGAGCGGCAUUGUUGGGUGAUGAAGGAGGUUGGUGGUUGGUUUUUUUGGAGUUUAUGGGCGUGACUGCGUUUGCCUGCUUUGUUGGGGGGAAUCAUGGUGAUUUUGGUGUCAAUGUUGGACGGCUGGAUACCCUAAGUGAUGCGAAUGGGGAUAGACGGCGACGGCAGCAAUGCCCCAAACGGAAACACUUCUUGAGUUAAUGCAUGCAUAU